AUGUAUGGCUCAUGGAGCAAGUUCCCAUAGACCAGGCUGGGAAUGGUCCCAAGUCAUUUUUCUCCUAUGACUGCAACUCGUCAGCAAAUAGGCUUGUUUUCGACAACAUUUAGAAACAAAGAGUCUAAAAAUAAACACCCUUUCGGCCGAAUGAGCACUCUGAUCGCCUUGGUGUGAGCAGAUGUACUGCCUUUCCAGCUUCAACCUGAAACUCCCUACAAAGAAUUUGGUACAGAUAUAUCUGCGCUUUUGAGGUGACCUCCGCCCUGCACCUAGGGCCAAGUGAAGUCCGGGUAAGUACCCGUGAAUCGCCAACCUGGAACCCAGUGUUCUCAACCUUUGUUCGGAAUGUCCAUAGGAACUUGUUCGUAAACUGACCACCCUACCUGCUUGCUCAUGUAACUCGUUAGAACAUUGGUUGGUACAGUACAUGCGCUAGAGCCAUUCCAUCCCACCACACUCGCUGGUGUCAAACUGGCGGUGGAUUGACGUGUCCGAACCGAACACAUGUCCUUUCUCCGCCAUGUUGCAUUUGUACAGAACUGUACACCGAGUGUGCUGAAUCUGUCCAUCAACCGCCGAGAGUGUGAAUUAGUUAUAAAUCAUGAGAGGAAGUGCAAGUGACGCGAUAGCCUCGAGUCGUCGACACCAUUCCCAGUACAGUAUUGAGAGUAUUGAGGCGCGACCUCAAAAGUGCAAAUGCCACGAUAGCCUCGAGUCGACGCGGUUAGGUUUCAAGAACCAAGCCGCGCGACACCCCAUGAUCUUUCCGAGCGACCAGCCAUGGUUUGGACUCCCAUUCCUUGGCAAAUCGUGACGACUUCGCGCGCCUCCGAGUCGUGGUGUUAGAGCGUCCAAAGUGGGAUGACGUCAUCCCUCGACGUCUGACGACAUCUUCCUUGGGGCCGACAGCUGCCAGCUUAUGGCUCACAGCUUGUGACUGGCACCUAGCAGGUUCCUCGCUAGCAGGGUCCUCGCUAGCAGGCUCUCGAUCAUGUCCCAAAGCAGUGUAAUUACCGUGUUCGACUGCAAUAAACCUUUAUCCUGUCUUUCAGACCCAGCAAGACCCGCCGACGAAAGGGAACCGCGCGGCGCGACCCCGACUGAAUACUAGUUCUAUCGUCCUCUCUGUGUUGGGUCAGUGACCGACGGAACACUAUCACCCAGGAGCAGCUGCAGCAGGAGGAAACUCACAGCCUGAGGUGACAGUGGGUGCGCUGCUGGCUUUCAAGUCUGCUCUCGGAGUGACUUAUACCAACUGGCGCUCAGACCUUCACUGCUGCUCUGGCAUCAUUUGCGGCCUCACUGAUGGGUGGACCAAUGUGCUGUGCAACGGCGAUGGUAAUGUCAUCGACAUGUGAGUGAGGCGCCUCUGUGCAGACGUCUGUUUAGACCUCUUUUCUGCCUUCGACUUGUGCCCUUGCUGUCUGCCUUGCUCCGUGAACCCCACUGAUGGGUGGUCCAACGUGUUGCGCAACGGCGAUGGCGAUGUCACCGCCAUGUGAGUGAGGCACCGCUGUGCAGACCCCCUUUGUGCCAUACAACAUCAAUGGCAAUCCCAGUAAUCAAAACAUAUGCAAUCCCAAGCAUCCCCCCUCCCCCCCUCAACACAUGUGCAAUCCCAUGCAAGCAUUACUUUCAGUACGUUUUGAGAAUCUCAAAUCCCCCCCUUUUCCUCCCUCCCCAGCUCCCCCCACCUUUCCCCCGGCCCAACUCUGCCGCCCGCUUGUGUUCCUUCGAACAAACCCCCCUCCUGCCGUCACUCCCUCCCUCAUUCUCUCCCUCACUCACUCCCUCAUUCCCUCCCUUACUCCCUCCCUCACUCCUGCCGCAUCAGCGUGUUUCGCUCCAGCUCUCCCUUAGCUCUGGCCCUCUGCCCCUUCGUCUCCAACCUCUCUUCCCUCACCACAUGUUCCUUUUCCGCUCAUAGUCUCUCUCCCUCCCUCCCUCCCUCCCUUGCUCACUUUCGCCCCAACAGCGAGUUUCGCUUUGGCCCCCCCUCAGCGCUGGCCCUCUGCCCCUGCACCUCUCCAACCUCACUUCCCUCACCCACAUUGCGCUCUCCCAAACGCAUAUCCGUGCAGAGCUCAAGGCCUUUACCCAACACCUGUCUGCCGUCACCAGCCUGCGGCACUUCGACAUGGAAGCCAAUUUCCUCUACGGCUCCAUCCCUGCUGCGCUGGUCACCAUGCCCGCCCUCGCAAUCCUGUCCCUCUCUGACAAUUACCUGACUGGCUCCAUCCCAGCAUUGGGCUCUCAGCUGCUCGCCCUCUCCCUCAACUCCAACUACCUCUCCUCCUCCUUCCCCAACCCCCCCACCCUUCUCCCCACUUGCACUGCCUUGUCCACCUGCCUAACGGAUUUCACUGGGUGUCUGGGCACUGUGAGGCUAAGCGGGGACUGUGGGACCAUCUGUGGGGGGGGGUGUGGCGAGGGGGAGGUGUGUGCACCUCUGGUGGAGGCAGGGUCUGAGCCGGGGAGUAUUGUCCCCAUGGAAUGCGCUGUGUCUAUCGAUUCUGUCCCACCAAGAAUGAUGGAAACAAGUGCAGCCACGGCAAUGCUGCUGCUGAGGAGCUCUCUGGCAGUGACCUUCACCGAUUGGACCACUGACUCGCUUUGCCUUACCUCCGGAGGAUCCAAGCUCACCCCGCAUGGCUGGACUGGCAUGCUGUGCGAUUCCCAAGGCCACCCCAUCGCCAUGGACAUCACGGCCACGACAGGCCACUUUCUCCUCGAAUCCCCGGCGUUCUCUUCGGUUGUGUCAACUCUCCACGCGCUCACAAGCAUUGCUCUUGCUGGGAACGAGAUCUAUGCCGAGCUCAAGUCCUUCGCCCAGCACCUGUCUCACCUCCCGUCCCUCAAGCACCUCGAUCUCAGCAGCAACCUUUUCUUUGGCCCGAUCCAUUCCUCCCUGCUCACCAUUCCGACACUUACAUCGCUGUCCCUCUCCGGCAACUACCUGAGUGGCUCCAUCCCUGCACUGGGCUCUCAGCUGCUCGCCCUCUCCCUCGCCUCCAACUUCCUCUCCUCCUCCUUCCCCACACCCCCAACUCCUCUCCCCGCCUGCUCCGCCCACACCAACUGCCUCACUGACGUUUCUGCUUGUAACACUUCCGAGUCUGGUGCUGGUAACCAGCGCAGCGGCUCUGAGUGUGCGAUCUGUGGAGGAGGGUGUGCGGUGGGGGAGGUCUGUGCUCCUGAUCCUUCGGUUACAUAUCCCAUGGUCUGCACAGCAUCCACGGAAUCUUUUCUGCCGGUAGCCAUGGCUCCCGCUGCUGCAGCUGCCAUGCUGGCACUCAAGACAAGCCUCCACGUGCCGUUCACCGAUUGGGUUCAGGGCGCCCUGUGCAGCCUGGAGGGGGCGGCGGACUCGACCACUCACGGGUGGACAGCUGUCACGUGCAAUGGGGAGGGGCACCCGACCGCCAUAACUAUCAACCUUCAGGAGCUUUCUGGGAGCUUUCCAAGUGAAGUGUCUGCUCUGACCGCCCUCACUCACAUCUCGCUCAUCAAUGAUCACAUCGUGGCGGAGCUGGAUGUGCUGGCAGCGAAUCUGCCAUCCAUUCCCAACCUGCAGUACCUGGACAUUAGUUACAACUUUAUUUAUGGCACGCUUCCCACCACCAUACUCGCCAAAGACACCCUCACUUCACUGUCCCUCUCCUCCAACUAUCUCUCCGGUUCGAUCCCAGCCAUCGGAUCGCAGAUCUCCCAUCUGCACCUGCCCCACAACUAUCUCACAGGCACCUUCCCCAGCUCAGGUGCCACCUUCGCCAGCUGUACCUGCGCCGAUAACUGCCUGCAGAGCGCGGUGAACUGCAAUGCUGGGGAUGACGCGCUGCAGAGGGAGUCAGGGUGUGACAUCUGCAGCCAUGCCAUUGGGACUGUCCAGCCGUGCGGUGCGAAUGGGGUGUGUGCGCCAGAGGUCUCUCCCGCCUCUCCUUCCUCCCCUGCUGCUGAACCGGGCUCCCCGCUGCCCAUGACGUGCCAUGCCACUGGGAGGAAGAGGAGCAAGCGUGCGUGCAAGAAGAAGCGCUCCAUCUGCCACCCCUUCCAGUGCGGCGCCGGCUAUUUCUGCGUGCCCUUUGUGCGCAGCUGCAAAGGUUACAAGUGCGUCAAGUUAUGGCGGUAACUGGGAACAGGCGCUGCAAACUAUGCUGUAAUUGUGUAACCGGAUUGUGGGGAGCCUCAUACCGGUAACUCCAUGCUAUUCAGUAUGUGCUGAGCUGCAAGGGAUGUUGCAAGUGUGCCGAGUUAUGGGGUAACCGGGUUACCAGACCGCAUGGAGCAGCAUUACAGUGUUGCGCCGAUCGUGUAAAUAAAAGCAGCAUGCAGCAGGGUAGGGUGGUGGGGUAGGGUAGGGUAGGGUAGGGUAGGGUAGGGUAUUUUUUUUUGAGUGAGCUGCAAGGAAUGCAAGUGCAUGUGUUAAUAAAUUGCCAGGCUCGGGGGUCUCUGUAGUCUGCAUGGUUGUUGGACCCUUCAACGCCCGUGCCUGCAUGUCCUCGUCGUAUCACAUCUCUUAUGAAAUUUCCUGCC